GGUCACACUGCGCCAAAAGCGAACGCAAAACUAAAAACAUUUACGAGAAAUUGCAAAUAUUUUGUUGCGUGUCCAAGCGAUGUCUGCGCUCUUUCGCCUAACCAGCCGUGCCAUAGCGCUGCAGCGUUCCGCAGCGCUCAACCAGGCGGCCACGCUGCGAUUCUCCCGCAGCAUCAAAACAUCACCCAAAAAGGAUGAAACUGUCGCAGCGCCAGCCAGCGUUACGACCGAGGACUUUGCCAAUCCCAGCCCGAAGAACUGGAUGAGCUACGGCUUUGACUAUAAGUCCGAAACGGAGGAUCGCAAAGCAACAAACUCAACAUUCUUCGUUGCCGUCACACUCUGCCUGGUAUGGGGCACGUUCUACUGGUCGUAUCUGCCCGACACACAGCUGACCAGCUGGGCACAACGCGAGGGCUUCUUGGAGCUGCGUCGCCGCGAACAGGCGGGCCUAGAUCUGGUUAGCCCCAACUAUGUGGACCCAGCUAGCAUUGUGCUGCCAUCGGACGAGGAUCUCGGCGAUACGGAAAUCAUAAUUUAAACAAUUAGUGCUCUAACCCUUAGUUUGUUUUGUAAGCGAAUGUUAUGUAAUGGAAAAUGCUGUUGCCCGCAGCUGGAACGCGUCUUCUGUGCGUAAAUAAACGAACAUAUUUCGGCACGAAA